AUGUCUGAGUCAGUGGGGUUGACUCAAGAGAUCGAGAUGGCGAUGGACGCCGACUAUCCGGAUGGAGCACAUCUCCAAGCCUCAUCGCCCGAAGUGCAACCGCCCGAAAUCGAUGCGCCUCCUGCGAAGUUCCGUGCGUUUUCCGAUGUGCAGCGCUCUGCCCAUCUCGCUCCUCCUCCUCCUGAUGUUCGACCUGAACAAGCCAAAUCACUCUUGGAUGUAUGGAAGAACUAUCGCACAUGGGGUAGCAACAAUUAUCCAAAUCUUCCUGUCCAUGUUCGCACAAUGAUGGAGCUCAUGAACUGCAUCGCAUCCAUGAAUGUUUCCAACUACCAAAUGUCGACGAAGCAGAAGCUUCUUCUCAUUAUGCUUGUUGAUGGUGAACACUGGCGUGCACAUGAUCGUCAAAUGUUCUACUAUGAGAAUGGUGUGUGGAAGAUGAAGCCGUCUCUCACCAUCGAAGUCUGGGAUCUAUUUCUUGCUGUUGAAGGUUUGUUGUUGACCGUCUCGAAGCGCUUCGAAGAUCAAGAAGGAGAUGCAAGACCAGCAUGGAAUUGGAAUGCUAUUCGGGAUGUUGUCUCUGAUACGAUCCAAGGACAUGUCCAUGACGCUCUCCAUUUCUUCGGGAAUGUGGCCAAAGAAGCAAGUGACCAUCUGCGGCAAGUCACAUCCAACAAGGCAUGGAAAGCACUUUGGCUUCGUCGAUGUGCAGACAUGCUAGCUUCAUUCCGAGUGAAUUGGGAUUCGAACAAGGUCCAGUCACUCUCAAAGCUUUUUCUUCUUGAAUGGGAUACUCCAUUGCCAAAGUCACAGGGUGUUUGCUUCAGAGACGUGUACUUGGAUGCAGAUUGGAAACCUGCAAGCAAAAGCCCGUCCAAUGACUGCUACAUGCAUGUGGACUAUGCCUUCUACAUAGAAAACCUCUUGCAGGAGUAUCCGAACAUCAAUCUCCAACAGCAUCAAGAAGGAUUACGUUUGUUCUUGGAGUCGCUCUACUUUCAGAACGAACAUAUCUUUCAAGUGAAACUUUGUUUUUUACAUGCCGCAUUCAAAAAGGCUUGCACUUCAAAGAUGAUCUUCGAGAUUGGCAAAGGCGGCGAUGGCAAGGGGAUGGAGUGUCGAGAUCGACUCCAGGCUUGUGAGCAUCUCAAGCGUCGCAUCGUUUGCUUUCGUAUAGGGAAGGCUCGCUUCGUGCUUGACGACCAUGCAGUGAACUAUGAACACGGGGUUUUCCGUCUCAUUCCGCAAGAUGAGCUGGUCCCUUUCUUGACACAUCCUGCAACGGCUUCAUGUUUCUUUCGAGAUUGGUGCUUGCCCUUCUUUCAGGAAAACUCUUUGGAUGAAUGUUUGAAAAUGAUCCUGGAUCUUAGCCAUGUACAUGAGGACUUGGUCAACGACACCAAUUGGUUGGCUUCUCGCUUGUCCGGCUGGAAUGGCCCUGCAGGCACAGACAUUGACCUCCAGACAGAGAACGACGAAUUGAUCACGAUCGUGCAUCGGAAAACGCCCAUGAAGACAUUCAUCAAGGAGUAUCUCAUUUCAAAGGUUGAAGAUAUUCCAGGAGCUGUGCAGUCUACCCGUGAUCGACGAACCAAGUUGCAGUUCUUUCUUUCUGCCUUGGACCACUCCACCAUCAAACUCCCCUGA